GUGUUCAAUUUAGUCCUGUUGGCUUAGUCAUGCCCUUAAGGUGUUGAGAGGGGAGACUUGGCCCUCCAGCUGUUGAACUACAACUCCCAGCAUCCCCAGCCACAAUAAAAGCCGCUGGAAGGCCAAGUUUGCCCACGCUUGCCUUAUUGCCUGCUCGGGCUCGCACAGCAUUGACUUUGAGGCCUUGGAUUUUUUUGUCUUUCUGGUGGGGUGAUGUUGGGCUUGAGCCCCCAAGCUACAGUGAGGCCUUGGACUAGUCGCUGUCUUCAACUUUAACCAGCUUCAUAGGCUUGCUGAGUGUGCUGAGCCAAUGACUCUGGGUUCCCCAGCCUCACCAAAGCCUGGUGGUGCUCAAUUCCUGCCUGGAUUUUUGAUGGGUGAUUUACCAACUCCAGUGACACCGCAACCUCGUUCUUUAAGUGGCCCUUCGGGUGGUAUAAUGGACAUGAGGUCCCCAUUGCUUGCUGGUGGAUCUCCUCCACAGCCAGUAGUUCCAACACACAAAGAUAAAGGUGGUGCUCCACCAGUUAGAAGCAUGUUUGAUGACGUCGCUAGCCCAGGUCUCGGAUCAACACCCUUGACUUCCAGAAGGCCCGCCAGCUUUUCUGUAACACAGAGCCCAAUGGUUGCAUCUUUGCCAACAACCCCUGGACCAGGUGCAAGUAUGUUUAGUCCAGCAAGUCUUGCCCAACCCAGGAAGACCACAAUGUCUCCAGCUCAGCUAGAUCCAUUCUAUACUCAAGGAGAUGCCCUAACAUCAGAAGAUCAUCUUGAUGAUACUUGGGUAACAGUGUUUGGGUUUCCUCAAGCAUCUGCUUCAUAUAUCCUGCUACAGUUUGCACAGUAUGGAAAUAUAUUAAAGCAUGUGAUGUCCAACACAGGGAACUGGAUGCAUAUUCGCUACCAGUCAAAAUUGCAGGCCCGGAAAGCCUUGAGCAAAGAUGGCAGAAUUUUUGGUGAAUCAAUCAUGAUUGGAGUGAAACCUUGUAUCGAUAAAAAUGUGAUGGAAAACAUAGAGAGAAGUUCUGUGCCAUCUCCUUCUUCAGCCUUCACACCACCAAUGAAAACACUAGGCACACCAGUGCAACCUUCAAGUGCUCAAAGGAUUGCGACUAUGAGGCCCCUUGCUACAGCAUAUAAAGCUUCAACUAGUGACUACCAGGUGGUGUCUGACCGACAGACUCCCAGGAAAGAUGAAAGCAUUGUGUCCAAAGCCUUGGAAUACAUGUUUGGCUGGUAGUAAGAGAGAAACUAGAGGAAACUUGGGCUAGAGUUUGUCAUAGCUGCCAGUGCCUCUGGUUAGUUCUAUAACCAUUCAUGGCAGCAUUUCAAACAUAGCAACUCUGCCUCUUAAAAAGAACUUUGCGCACAUGUAACUUGCACUUUAAUCAGCAGCUGGAUAUAGACUUGAGUCAAAGAUGUACUGUUGCAAUCAGUGUGUAAUAGUUUAUUGUCUAUAGUGAUUGCAUGACAAGUAAACAUUCUUGUCCAUGACACUCAAAUCUUGGUUUCAGGUCAUGGUAACACUGACCAUAGUUUCUCAGCAUGAUUCUCUUUCUGCUUCUGAAAAGAAGGUAUUUGCUGCAACACAAACUAUACUGUAUCAAGACUAGGGUCGAUCUCACCAAUUCUUACCAAGUAUUUUAAUUUCAAUGCUGUUCUGUAUGUAAUGUUUAUAUCAACUUCAGGCUGAUGGGUUCAAAACCUUCAGAUGGCCAAACACUUUUUAAAACUUUCUUAAUAAAAAACAUGGUGCUA